AUGAGUGUUGUAAGAUCUAAGUUACAACUCGUUGGAACUGCCGCUAUGUUUAUCGCGGCGAAAUACGAGGAGAUUUAUCCGCCCGAUGUAGGAGAAUUUGUAUAUAUCACAGAUGAUACGUAUUCAAAGAACCAAGUGAUAAAAAUGGAGAACUUGAUAUUGAGGGUUUUGUCGUUCGAUCUAACUGUGCCGACGCAUUACACAUUCCUUUUGGAGUACUGUAUCAGCAACAACUUGUCGGAUAAGAUAAAAUUUUUGGCGAUGUACUUGUGCGAGUUGUCGAUGCUUGAAGGAGAUCCAUACUUACAGUAUUUGCCCAGUCAUUUAGCUGCGUCCGCGGUAGCACUAGCACGACAUACGUUACAUGAAGAAAUCUGGCCACACGAACUGGAACUGUCAACGGGAUACGACUUGAAAACUCUUAAGGAAUGUAUUGCAUAUCUGAGCAGAACCUUCUCCAAUGCUCCAAACACCCAGCAAACAGCAAUACAGGAGAAGUACAGAAGCAGCAAAUACGGUCAUGUAUCCUUGCUGUUGCCUCGUAGUACCGAGGCAGUAUCGUGCGAGGAUGAAGAUGAAGAAGAAAGCGCUUAGUAAAGAUAUUGUCAGACAGACACGGAUUAAAAUAACUUUUUUUCUGUGUUUAAAUUGGUAAUUGAAUAACGAACCUCCCAUAACAGCCUGUACACUGAAAAUGAAGGAGGGGAUCAGGGCAAGACUGACCUGCCAUUCCUACAAAAUGGAAGGAAAGCGUACGGUUUAUUUCUUUCUGUUAACUCAUUGCACUCUGGUCGGUACAUUUUGUACAAGAGCAAAAUGGUACCUGACUCUCCUACCUUCGUCGCACAUUAUCUUGUAUCAUCGUCUUCAUACUCUUUAAGUCACGGCUUAACGAAAAUUUUAAUAGUUAUUUUAGAGUUUCGUCAUAUCAAAUACAUGAAACUCUAGCAAGAGAAAGGAAGAGAGAGCGAGAUAAUACAUUAUCUAGAAAUUGUAUUUUUAUAAGUACUUUUUAGAGGAUUGUUAAAACAACAAACGCUUUUGUCGCGAUACAUGCAAACGGCUAAAAAUUCGAUUGCAAGUAAACCGCCCCAAUAAUAAGAUUCGAUAAGCAAAAAAGCGAUUUUGUAUUUAUUAUUAUCGUUUUACCGUUAGGUGCACCACCAAUUAACGAUAAAAACGACGAUACUCUAUUUGGGAUGAUAUUUCCGCGAAAUUAAUUUGCAAUUAUUUCGAUCAAUUUUUCAGUCCUUGUACAGUUAUUUAUUUACAACAUUCUAGGUACCAUAAUAUCAAAUGCGUAGUUUGUUUUAUUAGAAAUAAGGUAUCUUUUAUAUAUAUAUAUCCCUGUAUUACAUUAUAUACAAGAAUAUUAGAUUAUACGCUGCUGUGCAAGAUUACAUUGUCAAUUCUCACUUGGCAUAAAUCGGUAUUGAAUUUCUCUACAAGAACCAUACGUGCUAUUUUUUUUCCAAUCAUUCAUGAUGCAUGAAUGUAAUCGCACACUUGCAGUAAUUGAUAUAGUUUCGGUGAUACGUACGUUUUCGACCGUAUUGACGUGCAAUAUUGCACAGCACAAUUACCGCAUUUUAACACAACGCAAAAUACCUAGGUGUUCAUCAAAUUUAACAUGCAUGAAAGUAUGUUCAUAUGAAAUUUUAAAUACAGAUAUAAAAAAAUGUUAUGGAAUCGUAUACCAUUACGUAUUCAGUUCUAUGUCAAUCGUAAAUUAUAUCGUCUGCUCCUCAGUUUACUAUAGCUGGUGUGUGGAUUAGAAUUUCCCGGAGAUUACUGUUGAUGAACUGAAAAGAUAUAAGUGGCUUCUGAAAUAGAUGAAGAUACAGAAUAAAAUUUGUUGCAGCUUCCUCACAUAUGUACGUACACAGCAUCGAAAAUUACGAAUAACGUAAAAAAAAAAUGUUAUUGAAGUUCGAAAGAUAUAUCGUUUCGUAAGGAUAAAACUAAAUUUCGAAAAGUAGUCCCAUUUGGAAAGUUCUAGUUUUAAACCAAGAUUUCUCUCCAAUGGAAUUCGAAAGUUUAAAACGUGAUAUAUGCGGAUGUUUUUUAUACUAUAUUUUCAUAUAUAUAUAUAUGUGACAGUGCGUUCUAUACCACGUUAAAAUAUAAAAUAUUCAGAGCCGUAUUAAUAUAAACAUUCGGAUUUGACGUAACGCAAAAUCGUUGUAUCAAACGUUUCCGUAGUGAGUUUAUAGACGAGAAAGCAUGACUAAUAUAACAAUUGUAAAUAAUAACAAAAAUUCAUUCUCUUUACGGAAGUCUUGGAAGGAAUAAAGAGGAAGAAUGAAA